AUGCUAUCAGGGAGCGCCAAAACUCUGCUCAAUGUCGAUGCGUUUCAUGGACCACCGAUAGCAUGGGCUAGGAAUUUGAAACUUGAUCAGCCAAUGGUCGAUAUCUUCAUUGAGCCCGACACAGAGGGCACAUUACUUGAGGAACAAUGGCGGAGCUGGGCCCAUCGCCAAGAGAUUAUUCGCGUGAUGCAUGCACUUUACAUCGUGGACGCCGAACUUUCCAGCAUUCUACACCAUGAGCCCAUUCAGAACUUUGAAUCAUACACCUUCUCCCCAACAUGCUCAAUGACUGUGUUCAUGGCACCGAACUCCACCGAUUGGAAACAUAAACACCUAACAGAGUCUCACCAACCUGGGGAUCAGCCGUCUUCGAUUGACGGUCGAGUUCUGUUUUCCGACCCGAAUAGCCUUCGCCAAAUCCCCGUUCAUAGCCGAUUUACUGCCUAUGCUGUGUUAGAAGGCAUCAGCAUGCGAGUCAUUUCGUCACGGAAAACGCGCGUCGAACAAGUUCCAACCUCCAUAGAAUUCGAUAGCCUUCUCACUGCAUUCUAUACUCGAUUCUUGGAGCGUCGAGAACAGCAUUCAAGAAAUGACCCCCUUCAGUUGGAAAUUCUUUGGCAUCUUGUCUACAUGGAAACAUCUGCAGAUUUCAAUCUUCUAGAAAAGGCUAUCGGCCGUGAAGGUACUCGGCUAGAACUAGCUGAGCUUUCAGCUAUUCUAGCCUGGGCGACUUCUCAAGAUGCCGCUCGAGCGAUCCUUCAUGCGUCCAUGAUCCAAAAACAUGUUCUAGCCAUGAGUGUUGUAUCGGAAUUUGCGAUACAUGUCCCACGCGCCCUCUUCUGGGCAGGUUUGGCUAUAAUCUGCUACAUGCGCUUUGGGUCCAAGUCAAAUACUCCACCACACUCUUCACCCUUGGGACCCCAUCGCUUUCCAGAGUUUGCUUUGUUUGGCAUGAAAGAUUCUACAUCCAUUGGUGGGACAGGUGAGCAUGGGAUCGAUGAUGUUUUCUCCCAGAAAACCUUUCUCUUCUCAAUUAUUGAUCUACUGGACCGCAUUGGACAUUGGGAGCUUUCCCGCAAAUUCGCCGAUAUUCUCAGGGCUGCUACCGCCUUUGUAUCUGAUAAUUAUGAAAUCCGAGUUUAG